AUGGAUAGUCAAACAAACAAGGCGAAACCAUCAAAGCAGGGCAGGCAAGGUGACAAAGUUGGAUUCGGGGUAAAUAAUUCUUCCUCUCUGGUUGACCUCGAGGCACUUGCUAUACUGACAAACACCAAGCCACAAGCAAGGUCUCCGGACAAGGAUAAACAGAAUGCGGGCUCAACCAAAACGAAGUCAAUUCGUUCUUUUCGAUUUCCCUUAAAAAACACCAUGAGUACGUCACCAAACAGAUUAAGUACAAAGAAUAAGACCACAAAGGAGUCGUCAAAAACAAAUCCAGCACUAAUGAAACACUUCAAAAAUAUGAGUUCCCCUUUCAAGGCUUCUCCAUUGACUCCACCUUCUUCUGAUGAAGCGUUCUUUCGUUCCUAUACGGACGGUAGAUUAAGUUUCACUUCCCCUUCUGAGAGAAUGUUUGCUCUUUCUCCUGUAUCAAACAAUUCGCCAACGCUAAAACCCACCAUACCACCUCUUCCGCCAAGGAUUAAACCUUUUGUUCAGAAUAGCAAGUCCAAGAAAAGAUUAGUUAAUGAGCACUGUGUAUUCUGCGAUGAGAUGUUUUUUACGCUCUUGAGACCAACGGAAAAUGAGAGUCCCGGUACUGACUUUGAGAGAAUUAUUGAGUUUGAAUGUGGUCACGUUUGUCAUGGAAGCUGUCUGAUGGUUGCGGUGGAGUUUCAAGAUGACACAGAAACUGAGUUUCCUAGUUGUGUUGUUUGUUCUUCUCCAUGUCUAAUUGAUGAUAAACAGUUUGAAAGGAACCUAAAGUCUGUCAAGAAGAAGACAAGGCAAUUCUCGCCAACUCAUUCGUCUCUUUAUAAAAGAAAGGACUCUACAAAUGAACCAGAAGAAGGUUCGGGUAUUUUGAAUGCCCUUAAGAAAACAGUUAUUUUAAAAUCUCCAACUACCCCCAAGGUACCAGGUCUGCUUGCCUCAUUUGAACCAGUGCCAAACAGAGAUGUUGAAACUCGCAGUAGAAAACAUGAAUCGAAACUUUCAAGGGGCUCUUCAAUAUCUGCAGUUUCAUCAUUAGUAUCUUCGGCUGACAGAACAUCUCCCACAGAGACCCAUUUUACUAGUAUGACUACAACUUCAUCCGUGCUUGACGCCCCCAUCUACGGCAUUACAGCAUCUACAUCGACGUUAACUGAAAGCGGAGUCAGGCUGGGUAAUUCUAUUCAACUGAACAUACUAAGAUCACAAGUUAUCAAAAACCUCCUGGAUAGUAAAUGUGUUCUUACUGAGUCUUCGCAGGUGUUAAAUGAGAUACUUAUCGAUAGUCUUGGAGUUUUGAGAAUGGUUGAUUACUUGUCAAUAGCCGAAGAAAUCGAUAAAUGGAAGCCUCAUUUUGUUUAUCUGUUCGAAUACAGUUUAUUGCUUGUUGAAGGAGAAUCGGCAUCUUAUAAACUGAUCGAAUUACAGAACUCUGAUUCAUCCAAAAUAUCUUCAUCGGCGAGAGUAGCGGAUUCGGACAACGUCUGUGUUAAGAUCUCUACACCCAGUGCAUCAUUAAUUAAACUAGAGUGCCUUUCUGGGGAAGUAUCAUUUACGCUAACUUGCAAAUCUCAAUCCGUCAUAGAAAAAUGGGGGGCAGUACUGAGUAAUUUGGAUAUUGCUCUACCCAUUGAUCUUUUUUCUUCAACUCUUGACAUCUCAAAACCAAACCCAUCCUCCAUAGGUUUUGAACUAAUUACAGUCCAAGAGUCUGAUGUCAGAAGGUCAAUAGAAUUGAUUGAACUUAAUUCCUCAAGCUUCAAUAAUGAUGUCGAAGGUAUUUUUUUGGUUGUUAACGUUACAAAUUUCAAAGCAUCUUCUCUACUUAUUCUGAAAAAUAUAGUGAGGGCCUUAAUUUUGGUUAAAGAAGAAAUAUGCCUGGUCCUCACUUCUUCUUCAACGUUAAACAGCUAUACCUCCGUGUUGACAGAUAAAUUAUUGUACAGGAAGGGACUUAAGGAUGAAAAAGAUAAGAUUUUGAAUUUGGUUGAACAAAUGGAAAUUUUAGAGCCAACUGAAAGACAGCUAAGGAUGUCAUUUGAUAACUUUUUAGCUCAAACUAGCUUGUCUAAUCAAGACAUAUGUUGUAUUGUUCUAUCUGAUGCGAACCUUGAUAGUUUCACCUCUCCCGUCAGUCAAGCUAUUUUAUUACUUCUAGAUGUGCAGGCUCGUCACAUCAACAACUUUGCGACAGAGAAGAGCAUUCAAAGAAUUGGUACCUGGGAUGAAGCAAUGGAAAUUUUAUGCUCUCGGCUGGAAUUGGAUUUUGAUAAUAGUGAUUUCGAUAGCUCAUCCUCGACAUAUACUAGUUCAGACGUAGAGGAGUCCAACUCGGACUCGUUUAACGAUUCAGACUCAUCAGUGAGAGGUUUAAAUAUUGGAACGGAAGGGCUUACUUGCAAUGAAGUUUCUGGCCGUGACAACAACGAUAAUACCAAGUGGAAUAAUCUCAUUGAGGAUAUUGAUACAGCGCUGGGUCAAAUUUAA